GCUGAAGCAGCCGUCCAACACAUCACAAUGAGGAUCGUUCUUCUUCUCUGUGCUGCCUUCGUUCUGGGGGUUGCAACAGAGCCAAUUAAGGCAAAGAUGGCCGUGCAGCCGAGCAUGACUCAAGAGUCGAUGCCAGGACCGUUGUUGACCCAGGCGGCUGAAAGAAAGACCAAAGAUGAGCCACUUCCUGUGAUGGAGACAUUGGGUGGCAUGAGGUCGAGUGGGUGUGGUUGUUUGCCUGGGUGGGAGCAAUAUGGAUCCAGAUGCUUCAAACUCUUCACCACACCAAUGACCUGGAUGAAUGCAGAGAAAUAUUGUAUGUAUUUUGGUGCCAACCUCGCCUCCGUCCACAACCCGGGGGAACAUGAUUUACUCCAGGGAAUGGCGUCAGAGACAAAUCAAGAAAUAGCUUGGAUCGGUACUUCAGAUGCUGUUGAGACCUUUACGUGGUUAUGGAGUGACGGAUCCUUGUUUUAUUACACUAACUGGGCCACUGAUCAGCCGGAUAACUGGCAUGGGCAGGAAAAAUGCAAUGAAAUUACCAUUACAGGUAUAAUAUGUGAUGUCUUUUAAAUUACUUGAUCACAACUUUGCAGAUUAAGGACUAAUCACAUCAGUUUAAACCUAUUUCUAACAUACUAAUUGAAAAAAUUGCAUUUCUCUCUUGUUUCCUCUUUAGGGUGGAAUGAUAUCAAUUGUGAAAAUAGUCGUCCCUUCAUCUGUGGAACAAGACCAGAUGGACCACUUUAACUCAUUUAAUCAAAGUGUGUUAGGUGUGUGUGUGGUCUUCUACAGUCAGCACAGGAUCACACGUUUAUAACCUUUGUAGAUCAGAUGAAACUCUAUCAGAACCAAUGAUAACAUUUCUGUAAUCUGCAUUUGGAAAAUAAAGUUUUUCCUCUUAUGUCAAG